CCCACUGGUGGUAUUCCCAGCCUCAAUCGAACGUUAACGAAAGUUCAAAUUCAAAUUCAUCCUCCAGUCCUCGCUACUCCGCUCCGCCUCCAUUUCCGUUCUUCUUCUUCUUCUUCGCCACUACUCCAAUGGCUUCCUCCAAUUCUUUCUACGCUACGCCGACCAAAACCCCUGUAGAAAAGUCGUCCAGAAAGGCUCAGAGCUCCAACCGGGUAGACGCGUCCGAGUCCAGAUCCCGAUUCGAAGCCUACAAUCGCCUCCAGGCAGCCGCUGUGGCGUUUGGUGAGAAGCUUCCGAUCCCUGAGAUCGUCGCCUUGGGUGGCCAAUCCGACGGCAAGAGCUCUCUCUUAGAAGCCCUCCUAGGGUUCCGCUUCAAUGUCCGCGAGGUCGAAAUGGGUACACGCAGGCCUUUGAUCCUCCAGAUGGUCCAUGAUCCUACCGCUCUCGAGCCCCGCUGCCGGUUUCAGGAGGAAGAUUCUGAAGAAUAUGGAAAUCCUGUAGUUUUAGCAUCUGCAAUUGCAGACAUUAUAAAGUCUCGAACUGAGGCACUAUUGAAGAAGACUAAAAGUGCAGUUUCUUCCAAGCCAAUUGUGAUGAGAGCAGAAUAUGCACAUUGUCCCAACCUUACCAUUAUCGAUACCCCUGGCUUUGUUCUUAAGGCUAGGAAGGGGGAGCCGGAGAACACACCGGAAGAAAUUCUUUCAAUGGUGAAGUCACUCGCAAGUCCUCCCCAUCGUAUCCUCUUGUUCCUUCAACAAAGUAGCGUAGAGUGGUGUUCAUCAUUGUGGUUGGAUUCCAUUCGUGAAAUUGAUCCAGCUUUCAGACGGACAAUAGUUGUAGUCUCCAAAUUUGAUAAUCGUCUUAAGGAAUUCAGUGACCGAUGGGAAGUAGAUAAAUAUUUGAGUGCCAGCGGUUACCUUGGAGAUAACACACACCCAUUUUUUGUGGCCUUGCCAAAGGACAGAAAUACUGUUUCUAAUGAUGAGUUUCGCCGCCAAAUAUCUCAAGUAGAUUCCGAAGUUCUUCGUCACCUACGUGAUGGUGUCAAGGGAGGAUUCGAUGAAGAGAAGUUUAGGUCUUAUAUUGGUUUUGGCUGCCUGAGGGAGUAUUUAGAAUCUGAGCUUCAGAAGAGGUACAAGGAAGCUGCUCCAGCAACUUUGGCUUUGCUAGAGCAGCGUUGUGGUGAAGUUGCAUCUGAUCUAUGUAGAAUGGAUACAAAAAUUCAGGCUACUUCAGAUAUUGCACAUCUUAGGAGAUCUGCUAUGCUGUAUACAGCUUCUAUCAGUAAUCAUGUGAGCGCAUUGAUUGAGGGAGCAGCAGAUCCUGCUCCAGAGCAAUGGGGGAAAACUACUUUGGAGGAACAGUCAGGAAGUGGCAAUGGAAGUUGGCCUGGUGUUACAUCAGAGGUGAAACCUGCAAACUCUACUCUUCGGUUGUAUGGUGGUGCUGCUUUUGAAAGAGUAAUGUUCGAGUUCCGAUGUGCUGCUUAUUCCAUUGAGUGCCCUUCAGUUUCAAGAGAGAAGGUAGCAAACAUAUUACUUGCUCAUGCUGGCAAACGUGGAGGUAGGGGAUUAACAGAAGCAGCUGCAGAGAUUGCCCGUGCAGCUGCACGAUCGUGGCUUGCUCCUCUUCUAGAUACUGCUUGUGAUCGUCUUGCAUUUGUAUUGGAAAAUCUUUUUGAUCUUGCUCUGGAAAGAAAUCGUGCCUAUGAAUCACAAAAUGGGAAGAAGCACUGUAACAUGGAUGGCUAUGUUGGUUUUCAUGCUGCUUUAAGGCAUGCUUACAUCCGGUUUCUGAAGGAUCUUGCUAAACAAUGCAAGCAACUACUUCGUCACCACCUCGAUUCUGUUACAAGCCCAUAUUCACUUGUCUGCUAUGAGAACGACUUUGAAGGAGGCUCUUUCCAGAAAAUCAAUCGGGCCCCUGCAGGUUUGUUUUCAUUUGAAUUAUCUGAUUCUGGAGCAGUAUCUCAUGAUGAAACGAUGAAGGAUCAGGAGAACAUACCUCCAGAAAGGAACAUACAGCAGAUAACACCAGGAAAAGGUACAGAAUCUAGAGAAGCCCUUCGAGAGUGCCAAAUCACUGUUCCGGAGACUCCAUCACCGGAGCAGCCUUGUGAUGCUGGGUAUGGAGUAAAGAAGGAAUUUGGGAAUGGGAUGGAUAUUGGAGUUCGGAAAAGGGCUUCACGAGUGACCAGAACUUCUAACCGGAUAAGCGGUCAAGAUGGUGGGGGAACUUUAUUUGGUAAUGGUGAUGGCAGUUCAAGAUAUAGCUCAGCCUACAAGGAAAUUUGCUCAUCCGCAGCACAGCAUUUUGCCCGGAUUCGUGAAGUUCUCAUAGAGCGAAGUGUGAUGUCUACAUUGAAUUCUGGAUUUUUAACACCUUGUCGAGAAAGACUGGUAGUGGCACUUUGUUUGGAAUUAUUCGCCGUGAAUGACGAGAAAUUCACAGACAUGUUCGUAGCUCCGGGUGCUAUUGAGGUACUUCAGAAUGAAAGACAGUCUCUCCAAAAGCGUCAAAAGAUACUACAGACAUGUUUGAAUGAGUUCAAAACUGUAGCUCAAUCACUUUGUUGACGGUUCAAUGGACUUGAAUUAAGGCUAUUCUUCCUCACUUCUAAAGAAUACCAUAAUAUUUGCGUCCCUGGCGGCACAAUACCAUAAUAUGUGAAGCUUGUAUUCUCUUCUUGAGAUACUUCAGAAAGGCAAUCUCUCCUGAAGCAUCAGAAAGAUUAUAAGAAUGUUUGAAUGAGUUUUAAAGUGCAGCUCAAUCACUUUGUUGGCUCACUUGACCUGCAUCAAGGCUAUAAACUCCCUGAUUUCACUUAUGAGAGCAUCGCAUUUUUUUCGUAAUUGGAUUCCGCCCAAUGUAAGUGUGUAUUCUCUUCCUGUUUAGGCUUCUCUUUCCUUUAAACAUUGCCUGAUGUGUACAAUAGCUUGCAUGAUUGCAAUUGCUCAGCUGUUGUUGAUUGUACUAGAAGUCUUGAAGUGCAAACUAGAUGGCUACGCAAGAUGAGAGAUACUUUAUCUGUUAA